ACCGUGGUCUCGGGUUCACAUAGACUUCAUGGGACCUUACAUGGGGAAGUCAUUUUUGAUUAUUGUCGAUUCUUAUACUAAGUGGAUCGAUGCUGUGAUUAUGAAUUCUAUAACUGCUGAGUGCACAAUCGAGGUGCUCAGAAGAGUAUUUGCCACUCAUGGUAUUCCUAAAGUGUUAGUAAGUGACAACGGACCAACCUAUACUAGCGCCCAGUUUAAAGAGUUUACUGUGCGCAAUGGGAUUAAGCAUUUGUUUAGUGCCCCCUUCAAACCAUCAUCUAAUGGGUUAGCCGAGAGAGCAGUCCAAACCGUUAAACAUGGACUUGCAAAGAUGGCUGAGGGUUCACCUCAUACUAAAUUGUCACGGUUCCUUUUUAAGUAUCGUAUUACCCCUCAUUCUACCACUGGUGUUCCACCCUGCGAGGCACUUAUGGGAAGGAUGUUACAUUCACCAUUAAGUAUGGUACACCCAAGUCUAAAUGAUAGGGUAAUGCAAAAGCAGGAACGACAGAAGCACUACUCUGAUCGUCAUUCCCAGGUCAGGGAGUUUAAUGUAAAUGAUGAGGUAUUUGUAGAAAAUUAUGCCAAGGGGGACCGUUGGCUUCCCGGGGUAGUGCAUCUGAGAGAGGGUAGUAAAAUGUAUGAUGUGAAGAUUGAUGACGGUAGAAUCAUGCAACGACAUGUAGACCAAAUGAGAAGGCGUUCAUCCGGGGGGAAAGAUGAUAAUCAGCAUCAAAAUGAUAAUUCCAUGGUUAAUGAUGAUGAAAAUGUUAUUCCAACUUGUAAAAAUGAUAAUUCUAUGGUCAGUGUUAAUGAUGAUGUUGUAUCAACUCGUCAAAGUAAUGAGUCCAUUGUUAAUGUUCAGGAAAGCAUUAGCGAGGAUGUUGUAGUAAUGGGCCACAAUAAUAAUGAGAACUCCAAUGUUGUUCGUAGAUCCAAGCGUAAUAGGAAAGCCCCUAAGACUUGGGUAUGAUUAAUCAGCAUCGUUGUACCCGUUGGUACUUGCUGACCGUGAUUUUGUUCAUGUUCCAAGUUUAUAACUAUAUGACAAAUAUUCACUAUAGGUUGCAAUGCUUAAACGGUGGGGUGUGAUAUUCAUAAACUGUUUACUAUUACAUGAACUGGUAACCAUAAUAACCAUACCCUGGAUAGUAGCGCCCGCGUAGUAUCAAGGUGCGUCGUGCCACACUACAUUUGUAUUACCGCUUGAGGCGGGAUUUACUCUGUGUUAUGUAUUGAAAUAAAGUAGACGUGUUGAAGUUUACUCCCAGAGUCAUUCUACUUUUUAAUAGUCAUCGAAGCUAUUACAGUAUUAAUAAUAGAACAUCAGAAUAUGAUUAUUUAAAAAAAAUAAUUUUAAUGUUUUGCUACUCAAACUGAAGUUUAUAAAAACAUGUUGCAUAUCAAAACAGCCGAUAUAAUAUUAAAAUAUUCGCCACUUAAGGAGGACGCUAAAAUAGAGGGAAUUAGCGAUGAUUGUUUACAGGUGGUCAUAGUGUUGCAAAAACCAAUUACCAAUAAUAAAUUCAAUGCUCACACUGAUCCAUUAUUUUAAAAUCUCAACCUAUUGAAAGUUGAUGAUAUUCACAAACUUCAAACCUUCUAUUAUCAUAAUUUAAAAAAAUAAUCAGUUACCAAUUUAUUUAAGAAGUAUGACACCUGUGCCCUUUUCCGAAAUACAUAGCUACUACUACACUCGAGGUAGAGAUCAAAUACCGAAAGUUAAUCAUGUUUUUGUAACACUGUGUCUAGAUAGAUAAGAUAAGACUCAUUGAAACUACUUCGAAUACAAUGA